AUGACCAAUUAUAUACAAAUAUCAUUAUAUGAUAAGUCAAAAGGGAGUAGAAAUGUUAAUGAAGAUUCUGAUAUUUAUAAGAUUCUCAGAUAUCCAUGUAGUAGCAACACACAGUCGUGCACUCCAUAUGUUGUCACAUUGUCCCGAGGACUUUAUAGAAUUGAGCUCUUUGGUGCCUCCGGAGGGUACCCAAACAACGACCCAAACUUAGCAGGCCGCGGAUCUUAUACAAGCGGCCACUUGAUUGUCCGUCAUGAAAUGAAACUAUAUGUCUACCUCAGCCAGCAAGGCACAUUAAAUGGUCAACGAACAUUUAACGGUGGCGGGAGAGGCAAUUCUCGUGCUGGCUCCGGCGGUGGAUCUUCUGACAUUCGACUCGUUGCUGGCGAAUGGGAUGACUUCGAAAGUCUUAAGAGUCGCAUAAUGGUUGCUGCUGGUGGCGUUGGAGGCCACCUAACAUUUGCUUAUUUCACCGGAACGCAUGGUGGAAAUUUAACCGGAUUUAAUGGAAUAUCUAUGAUCGAGAAUUGCGACUAUUUAGGUCAUAUUACGGAAGCAAUAGGAGCAACUCAAGAACGAGGAGGAAUAAGUGGGAAAGGUGAUGUUGAAACUGCCGAAGAUGGAAAGUUUGGAUGGGCAGGCAAUCCAUUUUCUUCCGACAAAGUUUAUACCUCUGGCGGAAGCGGGGGUUAUUUUGGAGGUGCAGGAAGUGCUGUAGCCUACUGCAUUGUUGGAAUAGGAUCCUCUGGAUCAUCUUUCAUCUCUGGGCACAAUGGGUGCAAUGCUAUCCUUAAUACCUCAACCUCGCAAGAAAGAAUUUAUCUUUCGAAUCAAAGUAUUCAUUACUCAGGAAUCAAAUUUUUUUCUACAGUGAUGAAAAGCGGCUAUGAAUCAUUUCCUUCUCCAGCAAGUGACCUUGCCCCACGAAAAGACCUUGGAAAUGGAUAUGCCGUGAUUUCGUUCAUAUCAUAUGAAUUAUGCUCCGGCAAAUCAUUCAUGAAUUAUUUUAAAUUCUUUUUCUUUUUUGAAAUAUUCAUUUCUCAGUAA